AUGGAAACCCUUACCAAGUCGCUUAUUUGGUUGAUAAAGCAUAGAAAAAGUCAUCCGAAAAAAGACUUUGACCUUGAGACUCAUUUAUUUUUCGACGACUCUUUCGACAGAACCACAUUUGGAAAGGAAACGAAUAAGUGGGUCAAUCAGUACUUGCGAAUUCUUCAAAGACUGUUCGUUGAAAACGGCGAAGAAAAUGUUAGAAAUCAAGGGAGAAUAAGCGAAACGCCUUAUGGUGAGCGAAUGGUGUUCCGUGCUUUUGGAGCUGAUCUGACUAUUCAUUUGAAGGAUUCUGAAAAAAUCAAGAGAGGAAAAAGAUGGUCGCAAGUUAUGUACAUGAAUUAUCUCUGCAACUGGAAAAUUGGGCAGGAACAGAUGAAAGACUCAAAUGGUAGAAGAGCAGACGAGAAAAAUUCGUUUAUUCUAGCGCUCGAUGGCGACGUCGAUUUUCAACCGAAGGAUUUCGAUCUUGUUCUCUCAAGAAUGCUCAAGUCAUCUAAAAUCGGCGCUUGUUGCAAUCAAAUUCAACCAAACGGAACUGGACCACUGGUUUGGUUUUAG